GUUGCCUUCUCCACAAUGCUUCCCUCGCUUCGCUUCACUUUCAUACUGCUUGGAGGGCAUACUCUUCUGGCCUCAGCUAUUCCCGCCCCCAGGAGUCCUCCUUCUGUCACACUCGACCAGGGAACCUUUAUCGGGGCUCCUGAUGGUGUGACGAAUAUGUUCCUUGGGAUGCCUUUCGCACAACCUCCGAUCGGGGACCUUCGCUUCAGUCUCCCUGUACCCAACGACCCAUACAACGACACUUACGACGCGACAUCUUUUGGACUUGCCUGUCCUCAGCAAGUCGCUCCUCCUCCUCAGCAACCGUUCCCCAGCAGCAUAAUCAACAACGUCACCGAGCUCCUUCUGGAGACCUUCGGUAAUACGUCGACGCCCAGCGGCGAGGACUGCUUAAAUUUGAACGUCUGGACACCUGCCAAUAUCACCACCGGUACUCAGUUGCCAGUGGUCGUCUGGAUAUUUGGUGGUGGAUUUGAAGCCGAUAGCCCAAAUUCGUACGACGGCAGUGUCAUUGUCUCUCGCUCCGUCGAGAUGAACCAACCAGUGGUGUACGUGAGCAUUAACUAUCGGAACACGGCCUUUGGAUUCCUAGCAAGUCAAGAAGUUAAAGACGCUGGCGUUGGUAAUCUCGGCCUGCGAGACCAGCGUCAAGCUCUGCGGUGGGUCCAAAAGUACAUCUCUGCCUUCAACGGCGACCCAUCGAGGGUGACUAUAUGGGGCGCGUCUGCAGGCGCAAUCUCUGUUUCGCUGCAAAUGCUGACCAACGGCGGUGACACCGAAGGGCUAUUCCAUGGCGCCUUUAUGGAGUCAGGCUCGCCUAUCCCCGUCGGCGACAUCACGCAUGGACAGAAAUACUACGACGCUUUGGUCUCUGAGACAGGCUGUUCAGGUGCCGCCGAUACUCUGCAAUGCUUGCGCGAGGUGCCGUUCGAUGCCUUGAUGGCUGCUGUGAACCAGUCACCCUCAAUCGACUCGCUGCAGUCGUUGGACCUGGCUUGGAUGCCUCGGGCUGAUGGCGCAUUCCUACCAUAUGGUCCCCAAGCUCUUGUCACUCAGGGGAGCGUAGCCAGCAUACCGUUCGUGACAGGGGAUGUUGAUGACGAAGGCACCGCCUUCUCAUUAUACUCUUUGAAUGUCACGACGGACGAUGAGGUGCGGGAGUACCUGACGACCUACUACCUUCCAGACACUGCGUCAUCCCAGGUCGAUGCCCUCAUGGAGGUUUACCCGCAAGAUCCUGCGCAGGGCUCUCCGUUCGACACGGGUGACCUUAACCAGCUUUCCCCACAGUUCAAGCGCCUGGCCGCGAUACAGGGUGACAUGGUGUUCCAAGCACCUCGACGGUUCUUCCUGGCCAACCGUUCCGACAAACAGACCACUUAUGCCUUCCUCAGCAAGAGAUACAAGUCUCUCCCCGGAGUCGGCAGCAUGCACGGGACAGACAUCCUCAACGUCUACUUCGACGGGGACAUGACGGACUACCUAGUCAACUUUGUGAACAACCUCGACCCGAACGGGCCAGGUCUGCUGAGCUGGCCCACGUACAGCACGUCGAGCCCGCAGCUCCUCACUUUCUUGGACGGACCAGUCCCGUUGAAUAUCACGGAGGACACCUUCAGAGCGGACGGCAUGAGUUUACUCACUGAGCUGAUGCUGGCUAACCCGAUCUGAAACUGUAUUGUGCGCUUAUAUGUGCCUUUGAAUAACGGGCCGUCGGAUCAUACAUGCUCGAUGUUGUUAAGCUUAUGUGGCGUAUAUAUAAGACAAGC